AUGCCGAUGUUCUCCAAGCUUUUUGGCAUGGGUGCCUCUUGCGCGGUAGCUGAGGUGUUCCCCAAGCUCAAGCAAGUCUCUAUUGCGUCGCGCAAUGGAAUCAAGUUUCCCUACUACAAGCUCAGUAGCCGCGGCAGCGUUCGCUAUGUUGCCUCGGGACCGGACAAGAACCUCAAAAAGAAACACGAUGACGACCACAAGGCUGCCCUCCUCGUCGGCUUCGGUAUUCCCGGAGCCUGCAUGGCAAUCGGCCUCUACUCGUGCAUCCUCCUAGACAAGAAGCAUGCCAACGACAACAAAAAGGGCAAGUCGGAGGCGGAAAUCGCUGCCUAG